CUACCACGUCUGAAAAAGAACCACCUGACUUUGCCAUUGGGUGUCGUUGAGGACUGAGACGACGAGCUUCGGAGCGAAAGUGGUGUCGCAGAGAAAGUCAUCUAGCUCGCGCUCAAGGAAGAUGCGUGACGAGGGCGCCGAGACACAUGGUAUGCGGGGAUGUAGUCUUCCAGUGUCUUGAUUGGCUCGGCAACGUGCCAACGUGGGGACAGGGGUAGGGUACAGCUUUGACGCCCUCAGCAGUGGCAUCGAGAUCGGGAUGGUCAGUCCUGACUGACUCCUUACCCAAGUUCGCCGCUUUACUCACGGCAUACCAUGCUAGCUUCUCUCACCAACCUUUGGUCCUCCAAUGCGCCUGAGAAGAGCAAGGCCGACGAUGAGUCUAACGCUCAGAAGGUCGUCAUUCCGGCUCGACGCUCCUCAAUGGCCGUCGAGACACGCGUCGAUGAGCGCGGACGCAGGCUAGGCUUGGAAGAUCCGGAUGAGCCCGCACUCAAGGACGAUCCGGCCAUCUUUGUCAAAGUGCCCAAAGCCCAGGCCAAGCGAGUGACGGUAGGAGGCAAGCGAGCAGCACCAGAGACCAAGGUGGCAACGUCCCUUGUACCCUCGGAGGGCAAAGACUACAUUGAUCCUCGCGUCUACGGCGGUACCAGCCUGGACUCUUCCGCUGGCUUGGGGGAGCCGCUCAACGUCAUCGUCUCAGCACUUUCCUCGCCAGAGGUGCUGACGCGGAAGGGCCUCCAGUCUUACUUUCGCUCCCUUGACUUUGACUUUGAGUGCUUUGGUCUGCACUCUGGCACCCCACAGACGGCUUUUCUCGAUCUCAGAGGCCCAAUUGAUCAGAACUUUCUCUAUCGCGAAGUGUACACGCCCCUGGAUCACCUCUUUGGCACCUGCAUCGAGUCGCUAAAGGGCGGCAACCACAUUCGGGCAUGGCAGCAGCAAGGGACGGGGGCUUGGUUCCUGGCCUUGUCAAAGGAGAAGGAUGUGACGAGUCACCACGACGUCGUCCCCGAUGGCUACAAUAUUGGGCGAGACGAGUUUGUCAAGAAGUCGCAGUCGGAACCGAACGGCCAUACGUCCUUCUUUGGCAAGCAUUAUCGCACGACUGUCCGCUACGUUGAAGGCCUCCUGCCAGUCGGAGCACAGGGCAUCAAUCACGACAUUGCCAUCGAUGGCAGGACGGCUGUGGUGACGGUCGAGCUGUUGAAUGGCAAGUCAAAGAGUACAUCGAAUGCGAAGGUAGCGAAGGCGGGUACGACGCCAGGGAAGCGACGUGUAUUGAAGGUCCUACUGUCAAAGCGUCGUGAAGGCGGUCUGAAUGUAGCCACUGCUGCGUAGUAGCAAUAGCUUGCUUAGUACAAUGAGAUACCCGUGACGUUCGACUUUU